AUGAAGAUGAUUGAUGCUGCUAGUGGAGGGGCGCUUGUCAAUAUGACUCCUCAUAGGGCAAGAGAACUAAUAUCCACCAUGGCGGUAAAUUCUCAACAUUAUCGGCUGAAUUUAGAACCCACAAGAAGGGUUAAUGGGACAGAGCCGAAUCCUAGGCAGAAUGUAAGUGCAAUAACUCUUCGUAGCGCAAAGGUUCUGGAAACAGUUCUAGACAAAAGUCAUGGGCAAGACAAGGAAUCGGAAAAGCAAAUCUCUGAUCUAAAAGUCAGACCGGAAUCAGAAAUUUCGAAACCAGUCGUGAUGCCACCUCCUUUUCCAGGGAGGCUCGCAAAGGAUAAGAAAGAGAAUGAGGAAAAAGAAGUCCUCGAAACAUUCAGGAAGGUGGAGGUAAAUAUCUCUUUGCUCGACGCUAUCAAACAAAUCCCUCGUUAUGCCAAAUUCCUCAAGGAAUUGUGUACUAGUAAGAGAAGGUUAAUAGGUAACGAAAGAGUAAAUGUAGGAGAAAAUGUUUCUGCAGUACUGCAAAAGAAAAUUCUGUCCAAAUACAAGGACCAAUGUAUGUUUGCUAUUUCCUGUGAGAUAGGUAAUGUAGGCAUUAAGAAAGCCAUGUAUGAUUUAGGGGCUUCUAUUAAUGUUAUGUCUUAUUCUAUUUAUAAGUUGAUUAAUGCGGGUCCUUUAAAAGAGACAGGAGUAAUAAUCCAGUUGGCGGACAGGUCAGUCGUCUACCUCGAAGGGUUGCUUGAAGACGUCCUUGUUAAAGUUAACGAAUUAGUUUUCCCUACAGAUUUCUACAUUAUUAAUAUGGAGGACGAUAACUCAACUAGGUCAUCUGACAUUUUUCUUGGAAGGCCGUUCCUAAGUACAGCAAGUGCAAAAAUUGACGUGCAGAGUGGAACACUGACAAUGGAGUUUGAUGGCAAAAUCGUGAAAUUCAAUGUCUACGAAGCUAUGGGUCAUCCUAACUCACUAUUAAAUAUUUCUAGUAUCGAUAUUAUAGAUUGUUUAACUCAAACUUAUUCUAAAUAUCAUGACUUUGAUGAGUUGGAAACUGUCCUUUACAAAAGCAUUGACAUAGAUGUUUUAAAUCCUCUCGAGGAAUUAACAAUUAUAGAAGAUUCGUUGCGAGAAAUUGUCAAACACUUGGGCACGCAACCAUCGUUGAUGAAUCGAGAUAACACGAAACCAAAGAGAGAUGCUCAGAAGCACCUUAAUCCACCCAUGUUGGAGGUAGUAAAGAAGGAGAUCCAGAAACUGUUAGAUACUAGAAUGAUAUACCCGAUCUCUGACAGUUAUUCGGUUAGCUGGGUUCAUGUCGUGCCCAAGAAAACUGGCGUGACAGUGGUGAAAAGCUAUUCGGGAGAGCUGGUCCCUACUCGAGUCCAGAAUAGAUGGAGGGUUUGCAUCGAUUACAGAAAAUCGAAUGCAGCUACCCGGAAAGACCAUUUUUCACUUCAUUUCAUCGAUCAAAUGCUCAAACGAUUAGCUGUUAAGACCCAUUAUUUUUGUCUCGAUGGGUACUCAGGAUUUUUCCAAAUUUCGGUAGUGCCGGAGGAUCAAGACAAAACAAUUUUUACAUGCCUCUUUGGAACGUUUGUGUAUAGACGAAUGCCGUUUGGACUCUGUAAUGCUCCGACCACUUUUCAGAGAUGCAUGGUGAGCAUAUUCUCAGAUUAUGUUGAGAAAAUCAUUGAAGUCUUUAUGGAUGACUUAAGGGUAUACAGGAAGAAGGAAGCAAAACCUCGACUGAUUAGGAGGAUUCUGCUCCUACAAGAGUUCGAUUUUAAAAUCUGGGAUAAAAAGGGAUACGAAAACUUGGUAGCUGACCAUCUGAGUCGAUUAUCGAUUCUAGUGGAUGACACACCAUUGAAAGACAACUUCCCAGAUGAAAACCUAUUUUCAGCAAAUGCAAUUCAUCAUUGGUAUGGCACUCCACGAGCAUUAAUCAGUGACAGAGGAACUCAUUUUUGCAAUAAGCUCGUAAGUGCACUUAUGGAGAAAUAUGGAGUGACUCAACGAAUUGCCACUGCUUACCAUCCACAGACAAAUGGGCAAGCUGAAGUGUCUAAUCGAGAAAUCAAGUCCAUUCUGGGAAAAACUGUUAAGCCUAACAGAAAGGAUUAG